AUGGCUAACUCAGACGACGAGGACGCCUUUCUCUAUGGGUCUGACGACGAAAAAACCCAGACCCAGCCUGUGGUUCAGGAGAAGUCUGGUUCUCCUGAAAAAUCACUGACGGACUCGGCAGCUGGCGAAGAUAACAUCGCUGCUGACGAUGAUGAGGAGGAGGAAGAAUAUCUGUCAGAAGAUGACAUCGACUUCAUUAUUGGCGAUGCACCCACGGUUGCUGUCGAUGAAUCUGAGGAGAAGAGCACGCAGCCUGCCGCUCUGAAGGAAGGUACAACUAUCGUGGCUAAGCAACAGUCAGAGGAAGCACUGAGCACAAUUGACGUCAACGCAGUGGCUGAGUAUGAAGGAAAGCCGCUCACUCAACUUGACUUAGAGACACUCAAGGAAAAACCGUGGCGGGCCCCCGGGGUGGAUAUUUCCGAUUAUUUCAAUUACGGGUUUGACGAAUUUUCGUGGACUUAUUACUGCUCGAAGCAAGACAAAUUACGGGGAGAAUUCAACCCGCAAAAGGUUUUCAAUCAACUUAUGGGUAAAAAUGGAGGCAUGCCACCUAUGAUGCCGGGGAUGCCCCCGAUGAUGCCUGGUAUGCCGCCAAUGAUGCCUGGGCAAAUGCCACCUAUGCCGCCUAAUUUCAAAUUCAAUAUGCCGCCACCGCCGCCACCCCCCGGACAAAACAACCGGCGAUAA